CAUUUUUACUAAAUUUCGGUGAGAAUUAAGUCCAAAUUCGUGAUUUCGAGUAAAACUUCUCCACUCAGUUUCAAAAUGCUCGGUGAUGGAUCGCAAACCCCUACUCGGCAUGAGUUGCUGAGUAUGGUGAGGAAGCACUCAAAGUUGAUAGGGCAAACGAUAUUGGAAGAGAAUGAGACGGAUGAUGUGGAAAUGGAUUCUGCCUUCUGGCAUGACAUACUUGACUUAUAUUUUGUUCGCAGUAGAGAAUCAAGGGGACGUGAAGAUGAUGAUCUCAUAUUCUUUGUUAGAAAAUUGAAUUUGCAGGCCCAAAAACCCAGUGACAAUGUGGAAAGCAACUCUCCUUACUUUGUACGCAGGUGGGCACCUAAGUUGGACGACUUAAUUGGUGAGAAUUCAAUAUAUGUAGAUUGGAGGCGGUCUUUUUAUCUGAAUUUGAUUGCUCAUACCUCUUUCAGUGUGACUGUAGCAAUUUGCAGUCAUCAGGUCCUUCGGCAAUAUCACGCUAGCCAAGGCAAAACCUUGUCUCCUAUCUAUAAGGUUGUGAAGACUGUAUAUGCAUCUCCGAGUCGUAUUAAUUUUCAUUUGGAUUCAAGAAAGGAAGUAGAAACAACACCUGCCUAUCCAGAUAUCUGUUUUGCAGUAGAUGACUUCGAUUCGACAUUUGAUGCAGUGGUCUUGACUGAUACAGACCACUGCUAUUGUGUGCUGCUAAAUGCUCAUGACGGGGCGGCAUUUCCAUGUGAGAAAAAGCCAGAACAACCUGCUGGUUCGGACAUUUCUUCUUCAGAAAAUGUUACAGGUGGUGGCAAGAUAAAGAACUCCAAGAUUACCCUUUUCUCAGGCUUUGUCAGCUACCAAAUGGUCCGAGAAGCAUAUGAUGCUGGGAGGACUGGUUUUGGCAGCCUUCUUUCUCUUGGUCAUUCUUCUGGGAAAACAGACAGAAUUUACAUGAAAGGUCCUGGAGGCCGUGGCGAAGUUGAAGUAGCUGUCUCUGGUGUUCUUGAUCAAAGCAAGAUGGAAUUAGGUCCUCAAUCACCAAUUCAAAUAUCUAAAAGAGGACUUGGGAUUGGAACUAUUGUUCGCACAGCAGCAUCUGUUGCAUCAACAGCGGCAAAGCAUGCUUAUGCUGCAGCCUCUUCCUCUCGACCUACAGAGGAAGAGAUGCUGCCCCUCAAGUGCUGCUUGAUGUCCAUAUCGUUGCCAUGGGAAAACAUUGCUCAUGAUCUCUUAUUCAAGGGAAGUCCACCAGUGAACUUGUAGUAAUCAAGUCAAGGUUCAAACUUCAAGAAUUAACUUACGAGGUAAGGUACGCGAACAAAUCAGAAAUGGGUUCACUGGAAAAGAAAUGUUUGGAGUUGGUUUGUAAAUUACUUGUAUCUUAGUAGUUCUGUUGCAACAGUUAAUGUUAGUUCGAGUAGCAUAGUGUUUUAUUUCUAUUUAGUUCGAACGCUGAUGAUCUAGUAAACCAAUGCUUGUAUUUGAAUUUAAUUCGACUCUUACAUGCAUUUUACAAUUUUACUCA